CGUCGGAAAGAAGAGGAAGAACAUUUUCCUCGGCUAGUUCAGUUUGUCACUGUUAUCUACUAAAAUUGUUCUUAAUACUUAAUAAGAGCUGGUUAAACCUAUAAACCUUGUGUCCGAUUAAAAUAAUGAUCGUCGUAGGAAGUAUAUUUUCCAAGUCAUAACCUAAAAGUCAAAGAAAAGUAGAAUCGAUCUUGAGAAACUCGUACGCAUAACAUGCGUACGAUACUCAAGGGAGUUCGAUCCUGCAUAUUACAGAGAAUAAGACAAACAAUUAAUGGGGAAGUAUAAAAAUUCUAAAGAAUUUUAAUCUAAUGUGUAUAUGAUCAUGAUAUGUAAAAAGAAAAGAACAAUCAAUUCUUUUCAUAACCUUAUCGCUAAAAUGUAACAUUAUAGACGAUAAAAAUAUUUGAAAAUAACAACUGGGAAGAUUAUAGAUAAGCAUAUUAUUCAAUAUAUUGACAUUAUUGAUAUUAACUAAGAAUAAGAAGAAUAACUCGUAUGGAUUUGAUGAAUCGGUAGAUGAACGCGUAUUAUCAUCAAUGCACACGCAUUAAAAUAUUUAUUUAUAAACGUUUUAUAAUAAUACUCACGAAUGCCCGUAUACGACGAUUAUGGUGCACUAUUUUUAUUAAGCUACUAAUAAUUAAUAUAUUUAAUUUGUUUCAAAGUUUUCUCGUUAUAUUCCACGUAAGUAAAUAACAACUGCACCUCGCCAUUUUACGAGCCCGUUUGUGUGAACGAAUUGCAAAGCAACAGACAGGCCGCAAAAGAUUACGCCACUGCGUCACGAAACCUGCUUGUUUCCGGCUUGAUACUCUUGAAAUUGGCUAUAGCGGGAAAUCCUCGAAAUUUUAAAUCUUACACAUAACCUUUCUUAACGUAGUAUAAAUAUUAUAAUUUUAACUUUAUGUACUUUAUCUGAUAAAUAAAUAUACAAUACUAACUUUAUUUCUAUCAAUUGAAGUAAAAAGAUAUAUUUCCUAUAAAUAUCUGUCAACAAAUAAUAACGUAGAAAUGCGAUAAAGAGAUCAUUGUUGUGUGACAAAGCAAAAUUAAUUACGUUUUAUUAAAGGAAAAUGGAUGAAUAGAAAUUCUACAAAUAUUGAUUAAAUUUCAGAAAAAAGCAUUAAUGAAUUAUAUUAAUUUCUUUCUUAAUAAAGUUAUGUUAAUUUCUUUUUUCUUUCUUUUUUUUUUCAUUUUUUCAAGAUUUAAUUAUACAUUAAACAUCUGUAACAUGUUCUGAGAAAUUUUCCUGACAUUCUUUCGUGUACUAUGAAGUUAUACGAGUGGUAUAAACGACCUUUCAAAGUAUCGAAAAGUUUAAACGAAUUGGAAUGUCCUCAAGGAUUUUUAAUGGUAUUUAAUAAAAUGUGAUUAUUUCAAGUCAGUCCGAAUAUAAAUCUUUGAAGGAAAGAUUGUUAUAAUAUGAAUUCAAAAAGGAAUCGUGAUUUAGAAUUAGCAUUAAAUUUACAUGACGAACUUAAUAUUGUUGGUGUAACAGAAAAUGCAAUUAUUCCGAAAGACAAAAAUAAACAUUACAAACCAAAAACGUUAAUCGAUCAAACAUUGGAAAUAAUAGAUCCAACUCCUAAUAUUUAUACAUUAUUUAUGCAAUUCAAUUCACGUUUUUUCUGGAAUGUUUUAUUAUCUGUUCAGGUUAAAUGGAGCAAUAGAAUGACAAGUUGUGCAGGAGUAUGUACUUAUCAUCCAAGAAAUAAAGAAUGUAUAAUUUCUCUUAGCGUUCCAUUACUUAAACUGAGGCCAAGAAAAGAUCUUGUCGAGACAUUGCUGCAUGAAAUGAUUCAUGGUUAUUUGUUCUUGACAAAUAAUAAUCGCGAUAGAGAUGGACAUGGACCAGAAUUUUGCAAGCAUAUGCAUAGAAUAAAUAAAGAGGCGGGAACAAACAUAACAAUAUAUCAUAAUUUUCACGAUGAAGUUAAAUUGUAUCAACAACAUUGGUGGAGAUGCAAUGGUCCUUGUCAUAAGAAGGCUCCAUAUUUUGGAACUGUACGUAGAGCUAUGAAUCGUGCACCAGGCCCAUCAGAUUUUUGGUGGAUAGAACAUCAACAAAGUUGUGGUGGACAGUUUAUAAAAAUCAAGGAACCAGAAAAUUUUAAAACUAAAAAUACAAAGAAUAAUCAAAAAUCAAAAACUAUAUCGAAAAAUACUUAUAAAGAAAAUAAUCUAACCGAUUGGUUGAAAAAUAAUAAUAAUAAUCCAUUCGAACAACAUAAAUCUGACAAUAUAUCUAGAUCAAAAAUUUCUAAUCCAGGAAAUGAAAAGAUCAAAAAUAUUCAUAAAAGCAAUAGUCCUCUUAAUCCAAAAAUAAAUAAUAAAUCAUUAGAUAGCAAUCUAAAGAAGCUAGGUAAUAAUACAAAUAAUGUUCAUGGAUGGGGUGUAGGAGGACCAAACAGUUCCUCUACUUCUAAAAUAGUUAAUAACAAUCAUACUCCUAAAUAUUCUUGUUCUGGACAAAUAGGAGGUUCUAAAAUCGGUAAAAGCAAUUUAUUGGAUAAAUUUUAUAUAAAAAGUAAUAAUCAGCAACAAACAUCAUUACAACAAAAAACAUCAUCGUAUGAUAAAGCUAAUACAAAAAAAAGUGUUAUAAAAUCUGUACAAAGAAAAACAAAUGCAAGUCAAAGUGAUGCUUCGAACCAGGAGAUUCGUGAUCCUGUAAAUUGUCCUAUAUGUCAUGUUUCUGUUUCUAUUAAUAUUAUUAACGAACAUAUAGAUUCGUGUUUAGAUAAUAAAGAUGAAAAAAAGUCGAACGAUGUAAAAAAUCAUGUUAAUGAUCAAAUGGAUACUUCAUCAAUGAAAGAUAAUAUCUUUACUACUCCUAAACGAAGUAAUGUAAUGCAUGCAUCAUCAACGAAACGACAAAAAUUAGACAAUUUACAUAAAUCUGAGUUCACAGAUUGCUCAGUAUGUCAUAAGAGCUUUAAGACUACAGAAAUUUAUAACCAUCUUGACAUAUGUUUUCCAAAACAAUGUGUGUCAAAUUCAUCACCUAAUAUAAUAGUUAUUGAUAGUUCAUCAGAUUCUGAAUCAUCUAAUAGUAUAUUUGCUGAUAGUCCUUGUAUGAAGACAAAUACACAAUCUAAUUCUAGAAAAACUAACAGCAAACACGAAAUUCAAAAAUGUUUAAUUUGCAACACGAUUAUUUCAUCUACAAUGUCAUUGAAUGAUCAUUUGGAAGAAUGUAUUGGAACAAUGUUUAAUGAUGAAUCUGUAUUAUGCAUUGACAUUAAUAAUGAUAAUCUAGAAGAAGUUCAUCCAACAGAUCCCAAGAAGUAUCCUUGUCCUGUGUGCAUGGAAUUAUUUACAGAAAAUAUCAUGAAUGAACAUUUGGAUAAAUGCCUUAAAGAAAAAUAAUUGUAAUCCAAUAGAUGUAAUAAAUAUAUCGAAUUAUCAGUGAAAAUAUAAAAAAGUAAUAUUUUGCUUAAUGAUGCUGUGAUAUUACACAAGAUCAUAUAAUAUCCUUAAAUAAAAAUACUUUUUUUAAUCAUAAAGCUAUAUAUAAAAAAAAUCAUCAGAUGCUUUUAUUUUUUAUUUUAUAGAAACAUAUUUUAAUAGUACAUAUAAAUUUAAUCUUAAAAAUAUAUUUAAUAUUGUGUGAUAUACAAAAUAAUCAUCAUUCUGUUUUGUACUCUAAUAUAUUAACAUACAAAAUAAUAUUUACAUUAGAACAUUAAGAGCAAUUUAUAAUAUUCUUGUAUUUAUAUAAUAUAAAAUAUUUUUUUUUCAUAUAAAUAAAAUUAUAAAUCACUCUAUAAUUCUUCAUAAAAAUUAUUAAUAAUAGAACUAUUAACUGUGCAUAUACCACAACUGAAUUCAGUUAAAUAAGUAGGAAAUAAAAGUAAAACUUGAUUUUGCGUCCAUUGCAUAAAUAAAAGAGUAUUAGGAAACAAUAUAUCAACAGAUAUAUCACGCAAUUUUAUCCUGUAACAUAAUUAAUUUCUUAUUAUUAAACUUAACAUUGUAAUCGAACAAUUGAAAGUAUCAAUAUUAUUUGAAAUAUCAGUAUUAUUUUAUUAUAAUACUUAUUAACAAUAAUUACAUACCAUUUAGAUCCAAAUUUUUGGAACACAUGCUUUUCUAAUGGUACAUAUGAUGUAGCAUUAUAUAUAUGUCCACCAUUGUAAUAUUGAAUUACCUUUAUAGUACCUGUUUCAUCAGUAAUAAGUACAUUUAUUAAAUUAUUUUUUGUUUUAGAAGCUCUAAUAGCAAAUCUUGGAUUAUCAUCGUAGCAUUGGCCAAGUAAUAAUAUAUUUCUAUGAGAGUUAACAACAAUUGUGGUAUUGUAAAUUGAUCGUACAAUAUUUGGUUCUAUAAUACACGUGCCUAUUGACGGUAAAAGAAUAUUUAGAGUUUUAUUUUAACGUGCCUGAAAAGAAAGAAUAUAUAUCAUUGUUAAUAUAUAAAUAUAUUAAGCAACUUACUAAAAAAUGAAUGAAAAAGAACACUGUCCAUAUAUCUAUGGAUUCGUGUUCGUAUUAAAAAAUUUUCUAUGAAAUUAGAACCAUAUGGUAUAGUCACUUUAUUUGAAUUUAAUUCCAGUUCACUACUGUCAGAAUCUUUAGGAAAGACUGCAUUUAAAAGAAAUUGCCCAGAAUUAUUGGUAUAAUUAUUGUUUCCACUAAAUAGUUCAUAGACAGCUCUUAACUUCCACACGAUUUUUGACAGUGGCUCUGGUAACUGAUAAUAAUAUCAUUACAUGUAAUAAAUAGAGAAAGAGAUAUAUAAUUAACAACAUUAAUAAUAUAUACAUUAUGAAUAAUUUAAACAAAUCUAUUCGUAUCCACUUACAUUUUCGUACUUAAGAAAAAAUUGAUACUUCCUUAAGAUAGAUAAUUCUUUUGAAGCUUCAUAACAAGUAUCAGUGUAUGGAAUAAAAUUUCUUCUUUUCAAUUCUU